UAUUGGCUCAGUCACAGCACCAUAUAAUGGUAUGGAAACGCCAAAGCUUGUUGCAGCGUGUCCUCAUUUAGAUGUGUGUUUGGGAGGUGUUCAGGUGCCCUGUCUAAUUGACACUGGUUCUAUGGUGUCGACCCUUACAGAAAGUUUCUUUAAGGAUCAUUUCAAGUCUGGUGGCCCUGAUGGUUUACGCCCUUGUCACUGGUUGCAGCUUAAGGCAGCAAAUGGGUUAAAUAUCCCAUACCUUGGCUACAUAGAGCUUAGUGUUGAGCUUUGCGGCAAAGACAUCCCAAACUGCGGGGUUUUGAUUGUAAAAGAUCCUCACGGCAAAGUGGCUCCCACACCAGGUGUUUUAGGCAUGAAUGUAAUCCAAAAAUGCUAUCAUGAGCUUUUUGUACAGCAUGGUGCAGGGUUGUUCAGUCAGGACAAUGUCCCACAGGCUCCUCAUGAAAUCUGGCCUGCAUUGCAAAAGUGCCAUCAGGCAAGCUUGCAGGGCCCAUUAGACUAUGUGGUAAAGGUGCGGGGUCGUGCAGCAUGCAGGGUCCCAGGUGGGGUUAUGAAGCUUGUGGCUGCUACAUGUUCUGAUCAGCUGUCACAGGCUGUACUAUUUGAGCCUCCUGAGGCAGGUCUGCCAGGAGGUUUGCUUGCUUCCCCUGCCCUAAUCCGUGUGGUGCGAGGCACAGCCUACAUACCAAUUGUUAAUGUAGGCUCUACAGAUAUCUUGCUUUACCCACGUACUGUUGUAGGUACUCUGCAUCAUGUUAAUGUUAUCAGUCUGCCUCCCGGUGUUAAAGAAGAGCCCUCAUAUACAGCUAAGGUGUCCUCUCAGAUUGUACUUCCAACUGUGCAGGACCAAAUUGAGGCCAUCGACCUCUCCCAACUGCCCUGCACACACCAGGGGCAGGUGAGGACCCUUCUUAGGGAUUAUUCAUCAGUUUUUGCAGAAAAUGACAGUGAUUUGGGGUGUACAAACAUAAUUAGUCAUGACAUACCCCUUAUUGAUGAGACCCCUGUAAACCAGCGAUACCGGCGUAUACCACCGUCAGGCUAUGAAGCAGUAAAGGAUCACAUCAAUCAGUUACUUAGUACUAAUGUGAUCAGAGAGAGCUGCAGCCCCUAUGCAUCUCCCAUUGUGCUAGUCAAAAAGAAGGAUGGGAGCCUGAGGAUGUGUGUGGACUAUCGGCAGCUUAAUAGCAAAACCCGCAAAGAUGCCUUUCCAUUACCACGCAUUGAAGAGUCUUUGGAUGCACUUACAGGUGCUUGCUGGUUCUCUACCUAGGACUUGGCAAGUGGUUACAACCAGGUACCUGUUGCAGAAGCAGAUCGUCAUAAAACGGCGUUCUGUACUCCAUUUGGUCUAUUUGAGUGGAAUAGAAUGCCAUUUGGCCUUUGUAAUGCGCCCAGUACAUUUCAGAGGCUUAUGCAACGCAUUUUCUCUGAUAAGCAGAAUCAAUCAUUGCUGCUGUAUCUUGAUGACAUAGUUGUGUUUUCCUCCACUGUGGAACAGCAUUUGGAGCGCCUGGGGAAGGUGUUUGGACGCCUGAAGAAAGAGGGUCUCAAGGCAAAGCUGACAAAGUGCUCCUUUCUUCAACGAGAAGUUAAAUACUUAGGCCAUGUCAUUUCUAGCAAAGGUGUUGCAACUGAUCCAUCUAAGAUUGAGGCAGUGGUUAACUGGCAGCGCCCCACCACAUCCACAGAGCUGAGGUCCUUCCUUGGGUUCGCCAGUUACUAUCGGCGGUUUGUUGUAGGCUUUGCCAAGCUGGCUGCGCCCCUUCACCAACUAGUGGGACAUUUAAGCAGUUCAAAAACAAAGAAGCGGCUAAGACAGGACAUCGCUGAGGGCUGGACUGCAGAACACCAACAGAGCUUUGAGGAACUGAAAAGGAGGCUAACUACUUCACCUGUGCUAGCCUACGCUGACUUUUCUCUGCCUUUUAUCCUAGAGGUUGAUGCGAGCCAUGGUGGUCUGGGGGCUGUCCUUUCCCAACAACAGGACGGGGUUGUGCGUCCUAUUGCCUACGCCAGCCGAGGAUUAAGGCCAACUGAACGUAAUAUGGACAACUAUAGCUCCAUGAAACUUGAAUUUUUAGCCCUUAAAUGGGCCAUGACUGAAAAAUUCAGAGAGUACUUGUUGGGCCAUGAAUGUCUUGUAUUCACUGAUAACAAUCCCCUCAGUUAUCUUGGUACUGCCAAGUUAGGUGCCACUGAACAUCGAUGGGCUGCACAACUUGCCUCCUUUGAUUUCAAGAUCCAGUAUCGCUCAGGGCGUACAAACAGGAACGCAGAUGCUCUUUCCAGAAAACAUCCAUCUACUAGAGAACAGGUUGGUGCUCUUGUUCCAGGGAGUAGUCUGCCUGAAUCUCUGCAGCUGAUGAUGGAGAGACGGGAAGUUACGCAAGCUGCCAUCACAGUCCUCCCUGAACGUACCACAAAGGAUAUGCAAGUAUUACAACAUGCUGACCCAGUUUUGCAGGAACUUUGGACCUUUUGGGCUCGCAAGAAACAACCCGACCGCACAGAGCGAAAGAAUUUACCUGCACCUCUGUUGGCAUUCCUGAGGCAGUGGGAUCGCCUGGUGGAGAAGGAUGGUGUCCUCCACCGCAAGACCUUUCGUCCCGAUGGUGCUGAGGAGAUGCUACAGCUGUUGCUGCCCACAGCCUUGAAGGAGGAGGUCCUGACUCAGGCUCACCAGGACCAUGGCCAUCAAGGUGUGGACAGGACUCUCUCACUGCUGAGAACAAGAUGUUACUGGCCAAAAAUGUCCUUUGAUGUCGUUGAUUGGUGCAGGUCAUGUGAGCGAUGCCAAGUGGCAAAAGAUACUCGACCUCUUGCACGGACCUAUAUGGGCCAUUUGCUAGCGUCACGACCCAAUGAGAUCCUUGCCAUGGACUUCACAAUCCUGGAGCCUUCUCAAGAUGGGCUGGAGAAUGUGCUUGUCUUAACUGAUGUUUUUAGCAAGUACACCCUGGCUAUACCAACCAGAGAUCAACGUGCCUCUACUGUGGCUCAUGUCCUGGUGACCGAGUGGUUUUCAAAGUUUGGUGUACCAGCCCGUGUUCACUCAGACCAGGGACGUAAUUUUGAAAGUUCCCUCAUCCAGCAGCUCUGUCAAUUCUAUGGCAUCAAGAAGUCCAGGACCACACCGUACCACCCUGCUGGAAAUGGACAAUGUGAAAGGUUUAAUCGUACGCUUCAUAACUUGUUGCGUACCCUCCCCACCACCAGUAAAAGAGCCUGGACCUCUUAUUUGCCACAAGUGAUCUUUUGUUAUAACACCACACCACAUCAGAGCACUGGAGAAAGUCCCUUCUUCCUGAUGUUUGGCCAACAACCUAGGCUUCCUUUAGACUUUCUGCUUGGCCAUGUAUCAGAACCAAGUGCUGGUGGUGUUGACAAGUGGGUUGCAGAGCACCAGACGCGCUUGCAACUGGCUUUUGAGGAAGCCAGGGAGAAGCUGAAGAUUGCUGCAGAUAGGAGAAAGAGAAAUAAUGACCAGCAUGUUCAAGAUUCUCCUCUGCACGAAGGCCAACUUGUCCUACUCCGAGACACCAGUCAACAAGGAAGACACAAGAUUCAGGAUCUGUGGCGCUCCAAGGUGUAUAAGGUCCUAAAAGUACUAGGUGAUACUGGAGCAGUUUACACUGUGGCUCCUGCAGAUGAGUUGAACAAAACUAAAAGGGUCCACCGGUCUCUACUGAAGCCAGUUGUUUGCAGUGACAUCCCAGCAUCCCCUAUUGGGGAACCACUGUUGACUGAUUCAUCCUCUGAGGAUGAAACUGAUCCUGAUUUGUUUUUGAGGGUAAAUGUCCACCAGUCACCGCCUUCUUUGCCAGCCAACCCACACCUGGUCAGAAACAACACGGUUCCUCUGUCUGCCGAGGUAUAUCCUCAUGAAGCUCCUUCAACAUCUGCAUCUCAAGCUCCUAGUGUUGCCAGCUCAAGUAAAGAUCAGGGCCUUCCAAGGGUAAUGAGAAGAACUACACGCUCAACAGCAGGUCAGCACUCCAAUGUCCACCAUCUCCCAAGACCAAU